AUGUUUCUUAGGUCAAUGAAGGAUUCUUUGGCUGAAGCAUAUGCAUGUGGCCGACUGGCCGAUGCCCUCAGAAAACAACACCUCUUCAGAGAAGGCAUAUUUCAUGCUUCUCGUCAUGUCAGCUUGGCGGAGAAACUACAAAACGAGGAAUGCAAGUCUCACGGGCUUACUCGCUUGGCCAGUCGCAAGUACAUAUUUUCCGUGCAAUAUCACUCCUUAGAAUCGGAUUCGUUUGAGGAGGAAAAAGACUUGGACCACAGACUAGGCACUUUGAGAAUGGAUUUGGGUCUGUCGACGAUCAUAGAGGACCUCAAGAACGCCAUAAAAUUCUACACGAUGUGCAGUGAGGGCUUCAACAAUUUUGGAUACGAGUGCAAGUUGGCGACUACAUGUUAUUACAUCGGAGAUGCUUAUUUUCUCUUGGGAGAUUGCAAACAAGCCCUUCAGUACCUCUUGAGGGCUAAGGAAAUUGGAGAGCAGUUUGAUGACAAUCAUCUGAAGCAACUGAUCUACUCAAAAUUAAGUAGUACCUAUGUACUUUUGUCCGAAGGUCAACUUGCUAACAAAUUUAGCAGAGAAGCCGUCAAAACCAGGAUUCGCAUCAAAGAGGAGAAGACUUGCACGUGCAGUAAGGAAGUUUCUGUCACAUCCCAUGAGCAGCUUCAUGAACUGUGGACGUCGGCAAUGGGAAGCGAUUUCGACAGCAAAUAUCUGUGA